CUACUAAAAUGGCGGAGCAAGAUUGUUACAGUUCAGUAGAAGAAAAAGAGAAUGGAGAAUCGAAAACCAUCGCCGUAUGUGGUAUGCAAUUUGCAUACCAAUUGCAGCAUCCACUCUUUUUCGAUUUCAAUAUCGAUAUCGCUCGCGGAUCUCGUUGCCUUCUCGUCGGUGCCAACGGAUCUGGGAAGACGACAUUGCUGAAAAUUUUAGCAGGAAAGCAUAUGGUUGGUGGAAGAGAUGUUGUGAGAGUACUUAACCGUUCGGCUUUUCACGACACUCAACUUGUUUGUAGUGGUGAUUUAGCUUAUUUGGGAGGAUCUUGGAGUAAAACUGUUGGCUCCGCUGGGGAGGUUCCAUUGCAGGGAGACUUCUCCGCGGAACACAUGAUAUUUGGAGUUGAAGCGAUUGAUCCUGUGAGGAGAGAUAAAUUGAUUGAGUUGCUUGAUAUUGAUUUGCAAUGGCGAAUGCAUAAGGUAUCUGAUGGGCAACGGCGUCGAGUCCAAAUUUGUAUGGGUCUACUUCAUCCUUUUCAGGUUCUUCUGCUAGAUGAGGUUACUGUCGACCUGGACGUUGUUGCAAGGAUGGAUUUACUUGACUACUUUAAGGAAGAAUGUGAACAGAGAGGAGCCACUAUCGUAUAUGCUACCCACAUUUUUGAUGGGCUAGAGACAUGGGCAACGCAUCUGGCUUACAUCCAAGAUGGUCAAUUGAAGAGAUCUGAGAAGUUAACCGAGACCAAGGAGUUGAAAAGUUCAGAAAACUUACUCUCUGUUGUUGAAGCCUGGCUUCGCUCUGAAACCAAGUGUGAGAAGAAGAAACUGUCAGACACCCCUGCCCAAGUCCAGAAGGCCUCGCCUCAUGCUACUUCUCCUUUCAUGUCAUCGAGGCACAUGGCAUACUACCGUUGAUCUCUCUGAAUCCAGUUGUUCUUCUAUAACCUUUAAAGACCACAGCCAGGUAUAGAAUUAGCAAAGUUCUUUUGUAGUCAUCUUCUACUGACGUAUAGUUGGCCACAAUCGAUCGAUAUGCUUGUUUAGCUCAUGGUUGCCUAAUGGGUAUAGCUACAUAUUUCUCCUUUUGGCUGCUUCAUUUAG